AAUUCAAUAAUUCAUACAAUUUGCUUUUAAACAUCACAUUUCCUCAUACAUAAAAAGGAAAAAAAUACACAAUAAAAAACUAUUACAACCAAAAGAGAUAUCAAAGUUCCUCUCUUGAACAACAUAAUCUUCCUCUUCUCAAAUUGAAGCAAACCCUCUAAUAUGUUGGGCAAUGGCAAAGUCCUGGCUUGAUGUUCAAGUUGAUAUAGAAUUAACUGACUUUCCACAAGGAAGACUGGAGGAUAAACACUAUGGUGAUGGCAUGAAUGGAACACCUUCUCAAGGAAUUCAGACUUCGUUGCCUUCAGCUGGUCCUGAAACAUGGCCAUGUCAUGUUCUUGAUCAGCAACCUCGUGAUCUUCCUUCUCUCCUUCAAAAACUUCAUUCUAGUGAUAUUGUGAAUGAAGCUGUUUUUCGAGCAUGCAAAGAGCAGCAUCGACAAAUUGAGGUAAUAAACUGUGAGCACUUCUUUUAGCUACACACACGAGCACUUAUAUGAUGUGUUAUAUUUCUUGUUAUAAUUAUGUAUUUUGUUAACUAAACAAGUAAUUAGGUACUCAAAGUUUUCUGUGUAACAAAAAUUACCUCUUGUUGAUUCGCAAACCUAGUAUUAUUUGAUUCUCUUGCACUCUCUACACCCUAUAUGUUGCAUAUGUUUUCUGGAUAGUCUUUUUUAUGUUUCUGGACCUGCCACAAAUGUUAUCUUCCUCCACAAAUGUUGGCAAUUGUGAGAGACAACUCUGUAAUAACUUAAUAAGUCUAUAUACAUGUAUGUAUAAAGUAUUUGUUAAACCAAUAACUUAAACUGAAGCAUCAAUUUUCCUUCAGGGUAUCUAUUAAUCAAAUAUAUGCUAGUACCAUUCAGGGUCACAUAAUCUCUAGGAUUGCGUGGCCACAUGGCUCACAGGGAUCUUCCACAAACAUACUUAAUUAAAAAAUGUAGGCGUCCAUAAAUCCAUGGAAAUUCCUUUGCUGUUAUGAUUGCGAGGAUCCUAUUUGGUGCUUGUCCUAUUUUAAUUUGCCCAUAUACAAGAGGCUACUAAAUCUAUAGAGACCA